AUGGAGCCGACUCAUAAUUGCUGCCGGUCAGACACAUUGACCUCGUCCGAAUUUCUCGUCGCCGAGAGGCCCGCCGUUUUAGGUCUCGAAGUAAUGGUCAACUGCCGCUUAUUACGUCUUUCACUCGUCUUUGGUUUUCUCCAUAUCGUCUUUCUUCAGGUAAACUGUGUGCUUAGUAUUGAUUUGAACUUUUACUUUAAAAAUUUUAAAAGUAUAAAAAAAGUUUUCCAUACUUAAAAAAAGUCAUCCUGCAUGCGCGCUCGAAUCAUUUCAAAUUCGGGCAGGAAGCAAAACGAGCUUUCACUCUCACUACAAUGAAAAACUGAAUUUGAAAGAUUUGAACGAUAGAAUGUUUCCAAAUAUUCCCAGAACUUUACAGAAAUUUUUGAACUACACAAAUUUACCCUCCUUUCGACAUAAACGCUAUUCCAUUGAAGGUUAGGUUUUUUCGAAGUUCAAAGUUUUACACGGUAACACUUUCAGGAUCUUACUGGUCUACUAAAGAGAUAAAAUACAGGUUAACUAAGCCAAGUAGCUCUUUGCCAGUUGAAGUUUUGCGAGAAGUAUUUCGAAAAGCUUUCAAGGUUUUGAGAACAAAAAAUAAAAUCCACAAUUUUUUUUCAUUCACAGGUGUGGGAAGAAGAUACAGGUCUUGAGUUUGUAGAAACUGCACACGAAUCACCACAUAUUGAUAUUCAAUUCAGAAGCAGAGAACAUGGGGACGGCGAGCCUUUUGAUGGAAAAGGUAAAUGAGAAUCUAAAACUUAUUUUAAAAGCUUUGAAACGAUCCACAAAUAUUUUUUCAGGAGAUGUUCUGGCGCAUGCAUUUUUUCCACGGUAUGGUGGCUCUCUUCAUUUUGACGACGAUGAAGACUGGUCUGCAAGCAGAAACUGUUAGUUUGAUGAGGAAAAUGUUUCUUUGUUCAUUUCAAAAUUGUCCUGAGUGAUCUAAUUUAGGUUAGUAAUAUUAAAUUGGAUAAGUUCGUUUCUGAAUAAAAAAACAUGACUCUUUUUUAAUUUGAAACAGUCAUUUUUUCAAAUUAAACUACAAUCAUUUUUCUCUUAAACUGAAGUAUUCUAUUCUAAUAGUUAUCAUAAACUUAUCGGUUUUCUAUGUUUGAUUCAUAUAUUUUUAGACCGGCAAUUUACGGAAACUUCCAUUGCUUUUUCAUUCCUAAUUGUUUUCAGUCGGAGUCGAUCUUUACGCUGUAGCAGUUCACGAAAUCGGCCACGCCCUUGGCUUGAAGCAUUCGCAUGUUUCGACUGCAAUCAUGGCCCCUUUUUAUAAACAAUAUACUGGCAAUGGUCUUCACCUUCACAACGGUUUUUUUUCCAUGAUUCAAUAAAUAUUUCAUUGAACAGACGACAAACUGGCUGUCAAAAGACUCUACGGACCGGCCAAGGAACAGAGAGAGAAAAGGCUUAUAAAGUUUUGCCAGAUACCUUAUUACGAUGCAAUAUUCCAAAUGGCCAACGGAUCACAAUAUUUCUUCAAAGGUAGAUUUUCCCUGCUUUACUCAAACAUAAAUUUCUUGGAUGUCAGCUUGUAGACGAUGAUUGAUUUUCAUCACGCAUUUAAAGACAAAUAUAUUUUUCCCUCCUCGUUUUUAAAAUUAAUAAGGUCACAUUUCAGGCAAGGAAUUUGUAAAAUUCCCGUCCAAGGGGAUGAAUCAAUACCCGCAACUUAUCGAAUCGGUUUUUCCAGUGGAAGGACCGUUAGAUGCUGCCACAACGGACUCAUACGGGAACAUUUACUUGUUUAAAGUUUGAAAUUUUUGUAACUAACCUUGAAGUUUUCAUUCUGAAUUAGUUUAAUUAAUCUUCUCCUGUAUUACAGAAUUUUCAAUAUUGGCUUCUCGCAAGAAAUGGCAAAGUCUAUGCAGGAUACCCAAAGGUUUUUUUUUAUUUGGUCUUUUGUUCAUUGUUUUUCAGAAUAUUUCCGAGGGACUUGUCAGUAUGCCCGGCAGAAUUGACGCAGCAAUGCUAUGGGACCAUUCAACUCAAUAUUUUUUUCAAAGGUUUAUACUAAAACUUAAUUUGAAACAAAAAUCUUAUUAGGACGUCAGUACUGGCCCUAUUCGCGUUUUGGAAUGUCACCUUCUUGGCCCCGCAGGAUCGAAGAAAUAUUCAGAAAAUCGAAUGAAGUUCAAUAAAAUAUACGAAUGAAACAAGGUUUUUUGUUUCCAGACGCCAAUGCCAACUUCGAUAG